AUGGUUACCUUUCAUGUCGCUUCAAGUAAUGCCAAGAUCCAUGCCCAACGUGUCUUGAUCCCACUCGAGUCCAUGCAACAGCUUGCAUUGGCUACCGGUGAUCGUGUGCUUGUCAAACAUGCUGACUCUCCCGACAAGUUUGUGUUGCGAACAGCAUGGCCAUCAUUGACCUUGGAUAAGGAUGUGAUUGAAAUGAGCACGGCUACACGACUUGCAGGCGAAUUCCAAGUGGGCGAUCCCAUCCAUGUUGAAAAGUAUACACCAUCAUCCGAUACCACCAGCAUUGCUACUCGAGUGACAUUACGAAUCCUGGCCAUGCCUGAAUUUACAUUGAAUCCAACAUUGACAUCUUACUUACAAGAGACCUUAUGCGAUCGACGUUAUGUGACACGUGGCGAUGUGAUGGAUGUGCGUUAUAUGGGUCAACUACGACGACUACGAGUGGAAAAGAUCCAUCCUGAUAUUCCCAUGGCGCUGAUGUCUACCAACACCCAAGUGGUUGUCUUGCUUCCCGAUGAUAAGGAUACCGAUCAUGAGCAGCAGAAACAACAAGAAUCCAAGCCUAUCAGUUAUCAGGACAUUGGUGGAUUAGGGAAACAAAUCAAUCAAGUGCGAGAAAUGGUGGAGGUAUCAUUACAAGAUCCUGAAUUAUUUGUCAAAUAUGGCAUGAAACCACCAAGGGGCGUAUUAUUAUAUGGACCACCUGGCACAGGCAAGACAUUGAUUGCAAGAGCAGUGGCACAAGAAACCAAAGCCCAUGUGAUGGUCAUUAAUGGUCCUGAAAUCAUUAGUCGAUAUUAUGGAGAAACAGAACAAAAGCUACGUGACAUAUUUGCGGUUGCCAGGGAACGGGCCCCUUCUAUUAUUUUCAUUGAUGAAAUUGAUUCCCUAUGUCCCAAACGUGAUGAGGCUCCUACCGAAUUGGAAAAACGUGUGGUGACAACUUUGCUUACUUUGAUGGAUGGUGUGGAAACAUCGCGUGCCAAUGAAACGUCCACAACAACAACAACAGCGGAUCGUAUUGUAGUCUUGGGUGCCACCAAUCGACCCAAUGCUUUGGAUGAAGCGCUUCGAAGACCAGGAAGAUUUGAUCGUGAAAUUGAAAUUGGUAUUCCCAAUAGCGAUGCACGAUUAUCCAUUCUCACCACCUUGUUGAAACGGAUACCCAAUAUGCUCACUCAAGAGGAUAUCAAUACAAUUGCAAGCAAAGCGCAUGGCUAUGUAGGUGCAGAUUUGGCGGCUGUAUGUAGAGAAGCGGGUCUUUUUUGUAUUCGGCGGAAUGCUCAAUCGGAAUCCAAAGUGGAUCUCAAGGUGACUUUACAAGAUAUGAAUGACGCCAUGACUGGUAUUCGACCAAGUGCAAUGCGAGAGAUCAUGCUUGAAGUACCCAAGGUGUAUUGGGCUGAUAUUGGCGGACAAGCUUACAUCAAGGAUAGACUAAAGGAAUCCAUUGAGUGGCCAUUAAAGCAUCCAGAAGCAUUUGAACGUAUGGGCAUUCGUCCUCCAAAAGGGAUUCUAUUAUAUGGUCCACCUGGUUGUAGCAAGACAUUGAUGGCCAAAGCACUGGCAACGGAAGCAGGUUCAAACUUUAUUGCUGUCAAAGGACCCGAGUUAUUUAGCAAGUGGGUUGGUGAAUCUGAAAAGGCUGUUCGUGAAGUGUUUCGUAAAGCAAGAGCUGCAUCGCCUUCCAUUGUCUUUUUUGAUGAGAUUGACGCGCUUACUGUCAAACGCGGGUCGGAUGGCAGUGGGACUUCAGUAGCAGAUCGUGUGCUUUCUCAACUUUUGAAUGAAAUGGAUGGCAUUGAACCUUUGGUAAAUGUGACCGUGGUGGCUGCUACCAAUCGACCGGAUAUCAUUGAUGACGCGUUACUUCGACCAGGUCGUAUUGAUCGUAUUCUUUACGUGGGUCCACCUGAUUAUGACUCCCGUCGUGACAUCUUUCAAAUCCAAAUCGCCAAAAUGACUUGUGACAAGGAUGUGGACAUUGACGAAUUGGCCCAAAAGACCGAAGGAUGUUCAGGUGCAGAAGCAGUGGCACUAUGUCAAGAAGCAGCCUUGUUUGCCAUGGAAGAGGAUGUGCAUAUCGAUUCGAUCAAGCGACGACACUUUCUAAAAGCACUGGGGUCCUUCAAACGACGCAUCACACCAGAAAUGCUCCAGUUUUAUGCCGAUUUCCAAACCCGUUCAGGUCUUUUACCCGCUUAA